GGCGGUGCUUAUCAAGAAGGACGCAUGAGUUGAAGUUACUGCGUUCUUGGUACAUGCAAGUGACACAAGGGAAGUCACAAAGGAAAUAAUUAUAUAACCUGGCAGGUACACUUUCCACAGUACCUUUGAACCUGUCACCCACUUUUCCCUUCACGUUUGGAGCAUUCAAACAACAUGGCAAAAGUUGGCAGGCUCGCUACAAAAGAUGCUGUUCUCUUCCUCUGUGACAUGCAGGAAAAGUUCAGACCCAACAUCUUCCAAUUCAGCAACAUUGUCAGCAAUUCGGCCAGACUUCUACAGGCCAGUCGUAUUCUGGGGAUCCCCCCUAUUUUGACGGAGCAGUAUCCUAAAGGCUUGGGACCUACGGUGCCAGAGCUAGGAGCUGAGGACCUGAAAGCUCAUGCUAAAACCUCAUUUACCAUGAUGAUAGAGACGGUAGAGAAGGAGCUGCAAGCCCUAGGAAACCCUAAACAAGUAAUUCUGUGUGGAAUAGAGGCGCACGCCUGUAUCGCAUGCACAACAUUUGAUCUACUGGAGAAAGGAAUCGAGGUCCAUAUUGUGGCUGAUGCUGUUUCAUCUAGAAGCCAAACGGAUCGCUUGUUUGCCCUGUCCAGACUGAAGCAGAGCGGCGCUUACCUCACCACAACAGAAGCAGUCCUCCUGCAGCUGGUUCAAGAUGCCAAACACCCAAACUUCAAGGAGAUCCAAAAGCUCCUGACCCACCCAUCCCCUGACACUGGUCUUCUCUCCUUCUUCAGUGCUCUGUAGAGAAAUCAUCUCCUGUCAUCGUUUCCACUGUAAAAAAAACUUGACUGCAUCCAAAACGUUGAUAAAGUGUACAAAAGUAAUAAAGCAUUUCUGCCACUUUAAA